AUCUGGGGAACGCAAGUCACAGUGUCCAAUCGAGGUUAGCAGUCGUCAUUGUGGCCACAAAAUUCCACACGCUAACUCCGCACAUUCCAGCCUUCCCAUGCCCCGUGUUAUCCUCCCUCUCUCUUGCCCCGGGCCGUGAACCAGAACCUCUUUUGGGGAAAUCCGUUGCAUGUCAACCAUUGGUGCUGGCGGUGCAGAAUGAAUCCAUAAAUCUGGGCCGCAUCUCCACCAUACACUACCACUCCACGAUCUUCGAGCAAGCCAAGAAGAGCAAAUCACUAUGUCUGCUUUAUCUGGUAAAAGAUUUUUGGGCCUUCGAGGCACCAAACUCAACAUUGCUAUUGGCGUCAUUGCAGGCUUGGACUUUUUGUUGUUCGGUUAUGACCAGGGUGUUAUGGGCGGCCUGCUCACGCUUCCUUCGUUCUUGUCUGUAUUUCCGGAAAUCGACGUCGUACAUGCACCUCCAGAGAGGGCGAACCAUGUAUCAACUAUCCAAGGCAUCAGCAUCGCAAGCUAUAACAUUGGCUGUUUUAUUGGCUCCAUUGUCUGCAUCUGGGUUGGCGAUAUCUUUGGCCGCAGGAAAACUAUCUUUAUAGGCUCCUCAAUUAUGAUUAUCGGUGCCACUCUUCAAUGUUCAUCAUUCUCACUUGCCCAACUCAUUGUUGGACGAGUUAUAACCGGUGUUGGGAACGGAUUGAACACGAGCACGGUUCCGACUUGGCAAUCUGAGACUAGCAAGAGCCAUCGACGAGGUCAAAUGGUUAUGAUAGAAGGAGCUCUCAUCACUGGUGGAAUAGCUCUUAGCUAUUGGGUCGAUUUCGGAUUCAGUUUCUUAGAACCCUCGACCGUAUCCUGGCGCUUUCCGAUUGCUUUCCAAAUCGUUUUCGCAGUGCUCAUUCUUGGCUUUAUACUCCAGCUACCUGAAUCACCUCGCUGGCUAAUCCUGAAGAAUAAAGAGGACGAGGCCCUUGAAGUGCUUUCGGCUCUAAAUGACCUCCCCGUUGAUGAUCCAUACAUUCAUAACGAGUUCUCUGCUAUUAAGGAUGCGGUUCUGGAGAUGGCCAAAGGUAGUUUCCGUGAUCUAUUCACAAUGGAUGAGAAUCGUCACUUUCAUAGAACCGUUCUUGCAUAUGUCAACCAAAUGUUCCAGCAAAUAUCUGGCAUUAAUCUCAUUACGUACUACGCCGCAACUAUAUACGAGAAUGAAAUCGGACUUGAUGGCUUGCUUUCCAGGAUUCUUGCUGCAUGUAACGGCACAGAAUACUUUUUAGCCUCCUGGAUUGCCGUAUUUACCAUUGAAAAGAUCGGUCGACGAAAGCUUAUGGUUUUUGGAGCAGUCGGCAUGUCAUUAUCGAUGGUUGUACUUGCAGUGACAACCUGGCAUGGUGGCAGCGCCGCCGGUAUCGUUGCUGCCGUUUUUCUCUUCAUCUUUAACACAUUCUUUGCCAUCGGUUGGCUGGGAAUGACCUGGCUAUAUCCUGCUGAGAUAGUACCACUGAGAAUCCGUGCACCUGCCAACGCACUUAGCACUAGUGCUAACUGGAUAUUCAACUUUAUGGUUGUCAUGAUCACUCCUAUAAGCUUCAGCUCGAUCGGUUAUCAAACUUAUAUUAUUUUCGCCGUGAUCAACGCUUUCAUUGUGCCAUGCGUCUAUUUCUUCUAUCCUGAAACUGCAUACCGCUCACUUGAGGAAAUGGACAAUAUCUUCCGAAAGACACAUGAGAGCUCCGAUUCAGCUAUCAAGCCCUUGUUUAAUGUUGUCAAAAUCGCCAAGCACGAGCCAAGAAUGUACGGCAAGAACGGCGAAAUUUUGGUCAAUUAUGACGAUACAGAGGCACAUAUUGCCGCAGUCAAUGCAGCAAGGAGACGCAGCAGUGUCAUUGGGGCACCUGCUGGUCAUGAAAAGUCAGUCACAAGGGGCAUUGAGAAUGUUGGAAUUAACCGGGCUAAUGAGGAUUCCGGAAGCUCAAGCGAAAAGGUGGACUAGAAAAGCACUAGACUUCAGAAGGUUUCAAACCAUUCCGAGAAAAGCGUAGUUGGUGAAGCUUCUUGAGCAUCAUUUCAACUAUCUUGAAUUUCUAGGAGUGGAAAUGAUAACAUUCAAUGACGGCUAUUUUGUUCGCUUGUGGAUAAUUUCAACCAAAACAGGUAUCUUAAAUGUGGGACUUGCAUAACUUCCGGAGCUUUGCUCAUUACAAAUCAAUAUCUAUAGGCUGGAAGUGUUUCUUAAGAUAUGGAAAAAAGCAUUAUGCUAUGUUCUUUCAGAUUAGACGCCUUUGAUGAAAGGUAUAUGCCUCCUUUAAGCCUUUCUGUACUUUAUUGCUCAAACACGUGAAAUGAGACUGCC